AUGAGGGGCGGAAGAGGGGCCUUGGGUGUUUGCCUGACCAAUGUAAGGCAGUCACAAGGAGGUGACCUGGACAGACUAUCAUGCGGCCUUAAGAAAAGAAGUCAGAAGGGGAGCCCCAGCCCAUCAGCCGUGCCUUUCUGGACAGACCAGCCUGCAGCAAAUACCGAUGGAAAAUCACAGGCCACGGUGGCAGCAUCUUUGGAAGUGACACAUGACCAGAGCAAGGCCAACCUCACACUUCACAGUGGCUACAAAGUGCUUCAGUAUCUGAAGGGGUCAACGGGAAGAGAGUCGCCUCCAGUGGCCCCUGUAAGCAAGGCUGUGGCUCUGUUCUCUGCUCCUUCGGAAGAGCAUCUAGCUGGGGUGUCCUUUGGCAUUGUGGAGGCACUGGGAAGUGACUGGCCAGGAAGAGGGCCCAGAGCCACAGACAGCCGUGCACAGUACCCCAAAGGAGAGUCCUGGGUGUCAGGAUGGCCAGGCCAUCCAAAACUGAGAGAAAUGGGAUUCCUGAAAGGUGAACCGCUAAGCGCUAUCCCCGAGGGGCUGGGCACCGGGUUGGAACUGCCUUACCCAUAUUCUGAGCUGUGCCAGCUGCCAUGUGCUUAUGCCCAGUACGAAGCUCUGCCAGAAGAAGAGACGAGAUGUGUGUCCCUUGACCAUGUAAACCCCGUGUUUUCAGAGCAAACAGUAGGGUCCGAGAAUGCGCUUAAGUAUUUCAGAUGAUCUGCAGGUAGUCCUGGGGUCACUGGCUGUGCAGUCCUCCAGGGUAGCAAGUCUCAGCUGCCAUAGUUAAGGUGCAAGCAGAACAAUAAAAAUAGCAGAGUAAUUUUAAAGGUUGUCUUACACUUUCUUUUGCAUUAAGUCUGGCACAUGCUGCAGCCAUUCGGUUCCUGCUCCGAUUCCUGUGGCCAGACACCUUGCCAGUUGAUGCAGAGGGACAUCUUUUGAGCGUGUUUUUAAUCGUUUCAGAAAGACACUCAGAACUGGGAAAUAAUUAACUGUCUCUUGGGUAUGCAGCUUAUAAUGUCCACUCCUUAAAUGACCUUUAUAAAAAUUAACAAAGUACAAAGAGAGAGUUACUUUGGGGGGAAAAAGUCUUCAUUUAAAAGAGAUCACAAGUUCUGGAUCUGUGAAAAGGAAAAUACUUCAUUUGUGAUCUCUGUUUUGUCAGCAGAUAAAUCUUAAACUCUCCUGUGAUUUAAAAUUAUCCUAAAUUUAAUACUGCAACUUCUCCAAAGUGCCUCCAUUGAAAAACUGCAAUUCAUACAGAAGGUGAGGAGCCUGCGAGAAAGGACAUUUGCUGGCUGGUCUCAGAGACUAUAAAACGCAGAACUGGUAAGACUGGACGUGGCCAGAGCGAGGCUCACAGGAGGUGCAGAGGACAGCUCCCGUCAGACAGCCAGAGGUGAGCGGCGACAGGCGGCAUCUGGGAUGCUUGCCUUGAGAGUGGCUCUCCGCAAUGAAGACCUCUGCGCCCAAUGGCUCUCCUCUGAUCAGUCAUCCGGAAGGACGCGUUCGCUUUAAGAUCUUUUUCUCUGAAGUGACUCUCCCUUUGUGGCUUGUUGAUAAGUUUAAUAAAGGUCAUGUAGAGAGUGGACGUCUUUAAGCCUCCUACCCAAGGGAUAGUUAAAAACAGCCAUGGGGGUGGGGGCUGACUGUAUAUGUCAUUUAUAUUGUGUGCUAAAUUACUAUAUGCCAUGGGCUAUUUUAGUGUUUUGGGAAAAUAAUAAAAUCUGUCCUUUAGCAUAAUAAAUGUUUUAUUUUGUGUGUGCGCUUA